ACCACACCACACCUCGCCUACAGGACUUUAGCCUAGCCUCCUCCUCUAGAGCAGAAACGCUGGAGCGGGGACGCCGCUGCUUUCCGCUCUAAACGAACCUACUGCCUGGACAACAUGUCGCGGUCUGGCCUUUUCUACAUUAGCCUGCUUGUUUUGGUGCUGCGUUAUUCAGUGGAGUCUUGUGUUCAGAGGCAUGUUCGAGCACAGGUUCCUGAGAGGCUGCAGGCUGGUUAUGUUGUCUCCAAAGUGAAUCUGGAUCAUUGUGGGUUCGGGAGGCUGUAUUUAGUCUCCAAUGACCCGGACUUUGCCGUACAGACCGAUGGCACAAUUCUCACUGCGGAUGUCAUCACGGUACCAGAUGACGGCAAAUCUUUCUGGGUACUGGUGCAGGACCAGAGCGGUCACAAGUGGAAAGUAGAUGUCAACCUUUCCCCCAUUGAUCAGGUGUCUCAAAAAUCUAGCAGUGCAGUUCUCAGACGUGCUAAGAGAAGAUGGAGUCCUCCUCCUCUCAGCAUCAAAGAGAAUGAUAAGGGUCCUUUCCCCAAGGAAUUGGAGUCUAUUGGAUCGGAUUCUUCGGUAAAUUACUCGAUUUACUACACAAUUGAAGGACCUGGCAUUACCACUACACCUAUAAACCUGUUCUCAGUCGUCCCCAACACCGGCCAGCUGAAAGUUCACUACGCUGUUGACCGUGAGGAAUACCCUCAGCUUAUAUUUUUAGCUCAUGCAAAAGACAAAUAUACCAAUCAGGAGAAAGACCAGCCUCUACCAAUCACUGUGAACGUGGAGGAUGAGAAUGACAAUGCUCCUGAGUUUUCCAGCCCUCUGAUCUUUACUGUGGAGGAACAGAGCAACCCAGGAACUGUUGUAGGAAAAGUGAAUGCCACAGACAGGGAUGAGCCCAACACCCCUCACACCCGCAUCAGAUACUCUUUACUGAAUGGGACAGACCUGUUCACCAUCGCCGAUUUCAGUGGACUUAUAACUAGCAGAACAGGAACACUGGAUAGAGAGACUCAGGACAGGUACUUUGUUAGAAUUGAAAUCAAAGACAUGGGUGGAGCAUCUAAUGGGCUCUCCAACCAGGGCUUGGCCACUAUCUUUCUGACUGACAUCAAUGACAACCCACCUACCUUCAAAGAAAGCCUGUACAAGGCUCAAGUGCAGGAGAACCAGGCAGACGUUCUGGUCCUCAGGAUCCCUGUGGAUGAUAAGGACCUGAAAGGAACCCCAAACUGGAAAGCAGUGUAUGAGAUCACCAAGGGCAACGAAAGUGGAAACUUCUGGAUCAGGACUGACCCUGCCACCAAUGAGGGGCUGCUCUACGUUGCAAAGCCUCUGGAUCGGGAAAAACAGGAAGUCGUGAAGCUAGAGUUGAUGGCCCGUAACGAGGCUCCCCUGGUACGUAGCAGCUCCUCUUGGAAGAAGGUCCCCAUAGAGCUCACCGUGACUGAUGUGGAUGAGGGACCAGAGUUCUCUGUACCUAUACUGCGGCUCAAAGUCAAGGAAAACGUACCCAACGGAACUCUCAUUGGAACCUACACGGCUGUUGAUCCAGAGACUAAAAGCAGCAAGGGUAUUAAAUACUACAAGUUGACUGAUCCAGGUUCCUGGAUAAAUGUGAUGUUGACUACUGGCGAUCUGAAGGUAGCAAACACUAUUGACAGAGAGUCACCUCUUGUCUACAACAGCACAUAUAACAUCACCGUCAAAGCUGUGGAUGAGAGUCAGAAGACCGGUACGGGUACGGUGUUGAUCCUGAUUGAAGACGUGAAUGAUAAUGUCCCAGUGAUCCCAAAACCGGACCUGGUGGUGUGCUCAAAGGAUGGUCAACGCAGCACCAUUGUUGUUGAUGCGGUGGACUAUGAUGAGAGGCCAUACUCUGGACCUUUCACCUUUGAAUUGGGCAAAGAGAGUCAAGGGAAAUGGAAUAUAAAGGAUCCCAAGCCAGGUACCUCUGUGGUCUUGGAGCAGGCUGUGGAUAUGCCUAAUGGUGUGUACCAGGUCCCCCUGCUAGUGAAGGACCUCCAGGGUGUAGGGGAAGAGCAGAUUGUGUCUGUACGUGUGUGCAAGUGUGCAAAUGAAGGAGUGUGCGCGGCUCAGAGUAUUUCUUCCAGACUGGGAGUUUGGGCCGUCCUCGCCAUACUGCUCGCCCUGCUGCUGCUCCUGCUGCUCUGUCUGCUGUUUGUCUUAGUAUGCAGCACAAAGGGAGAGAAACUGCGCAUGACUGAUGAGUAUGAUGGAACUGGGGGAAUGCUGCUCAAAUCUAACACUGAAGCUCCAGGGGAGGAAGUGAAAGAUGCUUUGCUGGUGACACCUGGCAGUGGGGUAGAUGGUGGUGGAGCCAACAUAGUGCAUCAGAACGUGGUUGGAGCAGCCGGAGGGGCCUUUGGACAGCAGGCCAUCCAUGGGGGGAGCAUGUACCAGGGUGGCACGCAGGGUUACAUGACAAACCAGAGCAUGUUUUCCUCUGGACAGUACGGCGGAGGCUUUUAUGGCACCUCCUCUUACAACAAGUUCUCUGACAUGUCCACCCUGGACACGUGGAGGACCAAUGAGCUUUACCUAGACAAUAAACUGGUCUAUUUUGGCAAGGAGGAAGAUGGGCGGUUUGCGGCAGAUCUUCUGAAGUCUUAUGGCUACGAGGGGGUGGGUUCUCCUGCAGGGUCUGUUGGGUGCUGCAGUGUCCUCAGUAACCAGGACUCACUGGACUUCCUCGAUUCACUCGGACCCAAAUUCAGAACGCUCGCCGACGUGUGUAUGAGCAAAGCGGAGAGGGGUGAACAGUGAGACAGGUGGGCUGGCGGAGUUUGGGAGAAAUGAAAUGGUGUAAGAAAUGAUGUGAGAUCAGUUUGAGUAUUCAUAAGAACCGACCUGUCCUUUCUGAGAAAAAGUGGAGGAUAAGGAAAGAAGCAGAAACACUGGAUGUUGCAAUCAGCAGUCACUGGAAUCUGUCACCAGCGCUCUACAGCCUUGCAUAUUACUGCCUGGAGCUCUCUAACAAUGCUCUGUCUAAGAGAGGACUCAAGGAGAAGAGCUGCUGUAUUCAGAGUACAAUGUGUGUGUGUGUGUGUGUGUGUGUGUGUGUGUGUGUGUGUGUGUGUCUGUGUGUGUGUAUAUGCUAGUUUUAUUUUAUAGAUGAGCUUUUGGACAACACUUGUGAUUCUUUGGCUGUUAAAAUACUACUAUUUUAGAGAUGCACCAAAAUAAUUUUUGAAAUGAUAAUGGCAAUUCAUAAUUAACACGAUUUUGUCAAUAACAAAAUAAAAAAUAAUAAAAAAUACAAAUUCUUUCUAUAAACCAUAAGAUAUAGUGCAGUGAGCAUAAGAGACAGGUUAAAACUCAAUAGUUGGAACGUUGUUUAAUUUUACAUAGCCGUAGUUAAAUCAGAUAGGACAAUUAUUUUACACAUUUACAUAGUUUUUUGUAAAAAUUUUACUAUAUUUAGCAGACACUCUAAUCCAGUGCUACUUUUCAUGAUAGGUGAAUAAAGAGGUCAAGAGCUCCUAUUAGAAUAGUGGCGUAUGGAUACUCUUAUUGGUAUAGCAGUGGUGUUCCUACGUGGACGGGGAAUCGAACCACUAGUAACUACAUGUGCAUGAGGUUGUAUGAGCUAUAAAAGACACUAAAUUAUUAGUUGUAAUUAUUGAAUUACUGAUUACCAGACUAAUAACAAUAAUGAACUUUUCCAUUUGUCAGUAUAUAUAGUAAGGGUGCAUUGGUGGCCGAUACAUAUAUAUUUGGUCCUUUCGCUAUUAAAGCAAGGAAUAUUUUUUAAUGUUUGUACAAUAUGCAUACAUAUUUCUCUCAUUAAUGUCUCCUCUGUACAAUAAGAAUAGCCUGUUUAAAAAUACACAAGGCUGGAGGAGAGCAUGGCUCUAACAGGGCCUUGACAGUGUUACAACUUUCAGCAUUCAUAUUAUCGCAGAAAAUGCUCUUCGCUCUGUACAGUGGCUACUCUAGUGCUCAUGUCACCAUCAGAGGAACUCAGACAUCCCAAAUACCUACAUGUGUUUUACCUCAGUGCAUAAUUCAUUCGUUUUGAAAUGGUGACAGGACACGAGAUAACAGCCUACCUUAAUUGGUCAGCACAAGUUAAUAAAUUGGACGUUUUGCCAUUGCACCAUGGUUUGCGUGGCCCAUAUCUCCACACAGUGUAGAAAAAAAAAGACUCCAGUGAAGUGAAUGACUAAGAUGCUUGCAAAACCUUUUUUGCGAUAAUAUGAAUGAUGUUGAAAGUACUGGGCAUCAAAACAUAUUCAUUUAACGCUGUAUUCAUGCCAAGCUGAUGCUACGUGAUACUUAAAACACUGGUAUUCCUUUUCUGAUUCUCCAUUUCUACUGUAGAUUAUAAGACAAAUAAGUGUUUAUCUUCUAUGCAGCUUUUUUGUGGUAAUAUAACGAGCAUGUGUUUGUUUAUGAAAUAACCGGGAUGAAUGUAAAGCUUUCAGAGAGACUCUUUAGAACUAUUGAGAAAAUUUCAGCUUGUGUCCAUAGGGAAGGCUGGUGCUGGUGUCUUGCAGAACCCUUCAUUAGAGGUUCAUUAAUCACCAAGGGACUGUCCCAAGUUGGGAGUUUUGAUGUCAUACUUAUCAGAAUGUGUGUUGGGGAGCAGGGGGUGUUCUGGAACCUGGAGUUUAGUUGGAACCUGUGGGUCUGUAAAACCUGAAUUUUGGUGCAUUAUGGAAGAUUUGAACAUAAAACUUAAGAUACUUUAUUAUUGUCCCAGAAAGUUGUCACACCAAAACCUCCAAAAUGCUUUGCAAACUGUUUUGUUAUUGUCACUGCUUUGUUUGCCUGUUUUUGUUUUAAAGGAUUAAAACUUUUUUAAAUAAAAAAGUGUGAAGUCAA